AUGAAUCGGCAACAAGCCGCAGAGAAAGCUUUGCAUGAUCAGACCAAUCUCUUGCCAAUUGGUCAACUACUGAUGGUUUUUGCUGGCCUGGCAGUGUCGUUACUUAUCACUUUCGUCGACCAGAAUGGCAUCAGUGUUACUCUCCCCACAAUUGCCAAAGAUCUCCAUGCUGAAAACACUAUCUCCUGGGCGGGGACAUCGUCCCUCAUCGCAAACACCAUGUUCACGGUGCUCUAUGGCCGUCUUUCCGAUAUUUUUGGCCGAAAGAUAGUUUACCUUUCUGCGUUGGCCCUGCUCUGUAUUGCCGAUUUGCUCUGUGGCCUGUCACAGGAUGCCCCUAUGUUUUAUGUCUUUCGAGGACUGGCAGGUGUUGCAGGAGGUGGUAUUUCCUCUUUGACCAAUAUCAUUGUAUCUGAUAUCGUGACCCUUGAACAACGAGGCAAGUAUCAAGGAAUCUUGGGUGCCUCGCUUGGACUUGGAAACGUAAUUGGCCCUUUCCUUGCAGCUGCAUUCAUCAUGAAGGCGACCUGGCGGGCAUUUUUCUGGCUCCUCGCUCCGUUAUCAGUAUGCUCGAUGGUGGUGGGAUAUUUCCUCAUGCCGGACAAUACCCGAAAGGCUAGUUUCAGAAAGAAUUUGGGCCGGAUUGAUUACUAUGGGGUUAUUGCGUCGUCUAUCGGGGUCAUCUUCCUGCUCAUUCCCAUUUCUGGCGGCGGCUCUUACUUCCAGUGGGACUCUGCAAUGGUGAUAAGCAUGCUAGUCAUCGGUGGUUGCUCUCUGAUUAUUUUCUUUUUUAUAGAGUGGAAGGUGGCCACGCUUCCUAUGCUUCCAAUGGUUAUAUUUAAGAAUAAAGUGAUAUGUACUUUGUUCCUGCAGAGCUUCCUUCUUGGGGCCGUCUACCAGUCCAACCUCUAUUAUCUGCCUUUGUAUUAUCAGAACGCUAGAGGGUGGUCUCCAAUGCUCUCUGCGGCGCUAACGACGCCCUUGGUAGUUUUCCAGUCACUGGCGUCCAUCUGUUCUGGGCAGUAUAUCUCUCGCCGCAAACGGUAUGGGGAGGUUAUCUGGACAGGUUUCGGUCUUUGGACCCUUGGUGCCGGCUUGAUGCUUCUUUUCAACCAUCAUACCAGUAUUGGAGCAAUAGUCGUGAUCGUCCUCAUACAGGGCAUAGGUGUAGGCUUCACCUUCCAGCCUACACUAGUGGCCUUCCAAGCUCACUGCACCAAGGCUCACCGGGCAGUUAUAAUAUCGAACCGCAACUUCUUCCGCUGCCUGGGCGGUGCUUGCGGGCUGGCUGUGUCGGCCGCGAUACUGCAGGCGGUUCUCAAGUCUAAUCUUCCAGAGAAAUAUCAGAAUCUCGCCCACUCAACAUACUCACUGCCAUCCAGAUCAGGCGUUGCGGACGCAGAUUGGGAGCAAAUCACCACUGCUUAUGCGAAGGCCUCAAGGGGAGUUUUCAUUUUGCAAGUCCCGCUGAUUGGGAUUUGUUUCCUUGCGUGUUUCUUUAUUAAAGAUAGAGGACUAGAAAGACCCAAGGACCCCGGCGAAGAAGAGGCGGAGAAGAAGCAACAGAAUGAUGACGAUAGCCGUGGAAGCCAGGAACAUGCUGCUCGGGAAGACAGUGUGCCCUCGGAUCUUGAGAGUCAGUCCGCCUCUACUAAUAUUGCGAAUCAGACUCGACUCCGUCCCAAGAAUACAACCCUCGGAAGCGCGCCAGAACAGCAUGCACGCGCUUGUGACAACGAGUACCCGGUGUGCUCCAACUGUCAAAAGGCCGGGGCUGCAUGUGACAAGGCCACCGUGCGACAAGAGAGCGGCCAGCAAAAUGCGUACACUCGUGCUCUGGAAGAACGUAUCGAGUAUCUUGAGUCGCAACUUAAGUCGGGACGGACGGGCAAUAAUGCCAGUAGUGGUGUCUCAAGCCCAGUUGCUGCGUUCUUGUCACCUCAGAACCAAAAAUCGAUUCAGCGUAGUUCUCCGACUGGUAUCGAUCACAACGCUAUCGGGGACCUGGUGGGAUUUCUUGCACUGAAUUCCCUAGAGGCUCCUGCGUAUGUGGGGUCGAGCUCAGGGGUCUCUCUGGCAGCCAACUUGGGUGAAAUGGUUCAGACAACAGUCUGGAACCAAGUCCUGGCGCCACCACGAGGCUUAGAGAGCGCUCAAUCCACUGGAAAUGGCCUAAGUACGAGUAAUGCAAAUUUGGGUCUUUCCUAUCAACCAGUUAGUACUAGAAAUGCCGGUGAUCGAUCUCGACCGCCGAGGAUGGAGGAACUACUGGCGAAGGGUGCUGAGCCACCGAAUGACGAAAUGGGAUCGCGAAUCAUGAAUGCUUAUCUGACACGACUCCAUACACGGUAUCCUUUCCUCGACAGGAGAGAGCUAUGGCGAUUACACGAGGCUCGCUGGCAGUUAGCGAAGAAGAAACGUGAGGAACUCUCCAAGGCUGAGAAGUUUGGAAUAUUUCAACUAUACAUAGUAUACGCGAUCGGAGCGACCUUUCUCCAAUUAAGUGAGCGGUACUCAUACAUUCCUCCUGAGCGAUUCUAUAUGACCGGCCUCCAACAAGCUUCAGCUAUGUGCGAAGCACGGUCCAUUGAAAACAUAAAAGCCAUGACGCUUCUAGUUGUGUACCACCUUCGCUCUGCGUCUAGUCAGGGAGUGUGGUACAUGAUAGGACUAGCGAUGCGUACUGCUAUUGACCUGGGGCUUCACAGGAAAGCAAAUGAGGUCAACCUUGAUCCAUUUACAGCCCAGCUUCGGCGAAGGCUGUUCUGGACAGUUUAUUACCUAGAGAGAGUCGUAUCCAUGUCCCUGGGCCGGCCGUUCAGCAUUGCAGACAGGAACAUCGACCUCCCCUUGCCCUUAGACGUGAACGAUGACGUACGGGACUCGGCUAUUCUAACUGCAGUCCCACUGGCGGAUAGGCCAACAACGAUGACAUUUGCCUUAUACUUAAUAAGGAUACGUCAGAUUGACUCCAAAGUUCAACAUAAGAUUUAUCGGGCAGACCGACCACUCCACACCCUCCGCUCAAAGAUGGACCGUUUGUUCCUCGAAUUGGAGGAGUGGAAACAGUCAGCACUGCUGCGAUUUAGUGGAGCAGAUCUUGACUAUCCAAUGUUACAUUACAACCGGGCGCUACGACUUUUGAUUCAGCCUUUUCUGCCGUCGCUCCCUCUCACAGACCCAUACUACCAUAUCUGUCUCCGCGCGGCCGGCGACAUCUGCCAGACACAUAAAAGAUUACACCAGACGCUCGAAUACGGUCACUCUUUCCUAGCAGUGCAGACCGUAUUUAUGGCAGGUAUCACAUUGCUGUACGCCCUAUGGACGCACACUAGCGAGGUAUGGUCUGUACAAAUGAGCAACGACAUCCGCGCCUGCUCCACGGUGCUAUUCGUCAUGGGUGAGCGAGCAGCAUGGGUCAAGAAAUACCGAGACGCAUUCGAGCUCCUUGUCAACGCGGCCAUGGAGAAGCUCGAGGGAAGUGAUGCAGCCAAGAAAGUUGGAAUGGCCGAACUGAUGACAGCCCAACACGGCAGUGCCAAUCCCCAAAACACUGGUAGCACGUCGAAGGAGUAUCCGGCAAUGGGUCCGGGCAUGCCCGAUGUUAACUCAGUGCAAAUGGAUCAGACAGCACAGGAUCAUGGAGUGCGCAUGGCGUUCCAACUUGCUCCCUGGAUUGACCUAGAGGAAGAUUGCCCGUUCUGGAUGCCUGAUUUUGAGACUUUAGAGAGCUUGUCAGGGAAUCUCUGGGGUGGUGAGGAUCCUGUACUAUUUGAUCCUCUAUGA